UGGUGAGGAAAACGUACGAUGUACCAACCUGCUUUGAUUAGACUUUGAUUAUUGCUAUUAUUAUUCAAUCGGGACUGGCUGGCUUGGCUUUGUUGAUGUGAACGGUUUUUCCAUUUUCUUCACUUAAUUGUUGAAAGAAAUAGUAGUUCGCACGUAAUUUAUGCUUCCGCGAAGGUCCUACGGUACGGUUCUCUAGGUUUACACGUUCCCCCGGUCGGCUGGAACCGUAGGAGGGAGCAUCCCACCCAGCGUAGAUCGAACGAUGUCGAAACGAUCGGCAGAGGACGCGUCCGGUGGUGGUGGAGGCGGCGCAGGCGGUGGAAGCGCUGCUGCUGCUGCUACAGGUGGGGCAGGUGGUUUACAGCCACCGAUCAAGAAGGUACACUUCGAGCCACACCUGAUCGGACCGAUUUCGACGCUGGAAGAGCUGGACAUUAAGGUGCUGAAGUUUCAAAACAAAAAGCUGGCCCAGCGGAUCGAACAGCGGAUACGAUGCGAAUCGGAGCUACGGUCACGAAUCGAGCAACUCGAGAAGCGUCAAACGCAGGACGAUGCCGUACUGAACGUCGUGAAUCGGUAUUGGAACCAGCUGAACGAAGACAUCCGCGUGCUGCUGCAACGCUUCGACGCGGAAACGGCGGACGAAUCGGAAAACAAAAAUGAGAAUGAGGUAACAACCUCGUUCCUCAUGCAGCUAUCGACCUGGGAUAAGGAAGAGCUGGAUGACAAGCUGGCGAAUCGAGUACAGGUGUCAAAGCGCGCCGUAGCCAAAAUCGUCCAAGUGUUCGACCGGUUAAUGCAGCGUAACGAGAAGCUAAUGCUGGCGAUGAAGGGCGAGUCAGAGGACGGCAAAUCGCCGGCCAUGGCACCGCCCGAUCUGGACGAAUCCCUGCGCCAAACAUACAUCGACGUGAUGGCGGAAAACCGUAACCUGCAGACACAGAACACGCUGCUGCACGAAAAGUUUCACACGAUAUCGCUCAAGAUGAGCGAGUAUCAGGACAUGCUGAACGGAAAGGAAACGGAAGCGGCCGAACUGCGCAACCAGAUCGACGAUCUGCAGUACGAGCUGGAGAAGGUUAGGUGUCGAAACGAUAAGCUCGAAAACCAUCUUGCCGAGGCGAUCGAAAAGCUGAAGGCGUACCAUCAGCUUCACGGCGGCGAUCCACUAAGUGGGGGCGGCGCUGGUGGCGGUGAAUCUGGACGACAGUCGUCCUCGGCAGGCGGUGGUGGCUCGCGGGGGUCCGGCUCGAUGACGAGUGUGGCCGCACAGCAUCUGGAAGAUUUGCAAAAAGAGCUAGAGGAGUACAAGGAACUAUCGAACAACCGGUUGCAGGAGCUGGACAAGUUGCAUUUGCAGCACCGCGAGGCGCUGAAGGAGGUUGAGAAGCUAAAGAUGGACAUCCGGCAGCUGCCGGAAUCGGUAAUUGUUGAGACGACCGAGUACAAGUGCUUACAGUCACAGUUCUCCGUGCUGUACAACGAGUCCAUGCAGAUCAAGACACUGCUAGACGAGAGCCGAAAUCAGCUGCAGUCGAGCAAGAACCAACAUCUGCGCCAAAUCGAGAUGAUGGAGAGCGAAGAGCUGAUCGCGCAGAAGCGGGUACGCAGCGACAUGAUCCAGAUGGAGGACGUGAUGUCGCAGAUUCGCAAAGAGUACGAGAUGCUGCGGAUUGAGUUCGAGCAAAACAUGGCGGCAAACGAGCAGACUGCCCCGAUUAAUCACGAGAUGCGUCACCUCAUCCUGUCGCUGCAGAAUCACAACGGUCAGCUGAAGGGUGAGGUGCAGCGAUAUAAGAAAAAGUACAAAGACGUGUCCGCGGACAAUACGAAGCUGCGGAAGGAUCUGGAGGAGCAGACGAGCAAGGUGACCGCGCUGCAGGAAGCCCAGCAGCAGGCGGAAUCGAUCAAGCUGGAAAAUUGCCUCUCGAUGCGUGAUGCGACCAGUGGUGGCGGUGGUAGUGGUGCAGGUGGUGUAUCCGUAAAGGAGGAAUCCGGCGGUAUGCUGCUCGACCGGGACGGUCAGUGCGGGAUCAAGGAGGAAGACCCGAACGGAUCGUUAAACUCGUGCGGUGGUACGGGAGGAUUGGGCGGAACUAGUUCCGGGUCCCUCACGAGGUCAGACUCAGGCGAGGAAGGCGAAAUGGACGCGAACGGUAUCAAGCGGGAGGAGAUCAUUGGCCCCGACGGAAUGGUGGUGAAAAAGGAAGGAUCAUCCGGUGGGACGGGCGGUGGUGGGCUCGGGAUGAUGGAUGGCAAAGCGAACGGACCGGCCGACCAUCAUCGGGGCGUAAAGUGCGUCGAGUCGGAUCUGGUGCGCGACCUGCGCAAUCAGCUGAAGAAAGCUUUAAACGAUCAGAAAGAGAUGAAGCUGCUGCUGGACAUGUACAAGGGUGUGCCGAAGGAGCAGCGGGACAAGGUACAGCUGAUGGCGAGCGAGAAGAAAAAGUGCGCCGAAAUCGAGGACCUCAAAUGUCAGAUGAAGAAGCUGCAGGAGAGCAAGCGGGAGGACCGGAAGAAGCUGGCGGACGAGGAGGCGCUGCGGAAGAUCAAGCAGCUGGAGGAGCAGAAGUACGAGCUGCAGAAGCAGGUCCAGAAUCAGAAGCAACCGCCGGACAGCAGCUGGACCACCGGCUAUCGACCAUUUGAAGAAGAGGCUCUGCUGAACGAGAUGGAGGUGACCGGGCAGGCGUUCGAGGAUAUGCAGGAGCAAAACUCAAGACUGAUACAACAGUUGCGCGAGAAGGACGAUGCAAACUUUAAGCUAAUGUCCGACCGUAUCAAAGCCAAUCAGAUGCACAAGCUGCUCAGGGAGGAAAAGCAACUGCUUGAAGAUCAGGUAUCGACACGCGACAGUCAAAUCGAAGCGAUGCACGUCGUGUUACGAAAGCUCGAGGAAAAGGAACGCAUCCUACAGAAUACGGUCACCACGAUCGAGAAGGAGCUCGUUGCCCGCCAGCAAGCGAUGGAAAUGCACAAGCGAAAAGCGAUCGAAUCGGCCCAAUCCGCAGCAGAUCUGAAGCUCCAUCUCGAGAAAUAUCACGCCCAAAUGAAGGAAGCCCAACAAGUGGUGGCUGAAAAGACGAGUUCGCUCGAGGCGGAAGCAUACAAAACGAAACGGUUGCAGGAAGAGCUGGCGCAAUUUAAGCGCAAGGCGGAGCGGAUGAAGAAGAUCGAAAUGUCGGGCACGACGAUCGACGAGGUGAUGCUGGAGGAGAUCCGGGAGUACAAGGAAACGCUCACCUGUCCAUCGUGCAAGGUGAAACGGAAGGAUGCAGUACUGUCCAAAUGUUUCCACGUGUUUUGUUACGAUUGUCUGCGGACGAGGUAUGAAACGAGGCAGCGGAAGUGCCCGAAGUGCAACUGUGCGUUCGGUGCCAACGACUACCAUCGGCUGUAUCUGUCGACGUAAUAUGUGUGUGUGUAUGUAAGUGACUGUAUCUG